AUGCCAACAAUCUUGGCGUUGCUUCUCACAUGUGUCGCGCGCGUGCCCGCGAAGCAUUUGCUCUUGAUGGGCGAGACCGGCGCCGGCAAAAGCACCUUAGGGAACAAAAUCCUUGGCAGAACAGCCUUCCAGGUGGGGCACGAUCUCAAAUCUUGCACUAGCCAAAGCCAAACAGAGGCGGGCCAGCUUUUUGGGCUCAACCUGACUGUGGAGGUGACAGAUACCGGAGGUCUGGGCGAUUCUGAGGGGCGUGACGAGACCUUUGUGAAGCAUCUGGCUGAGCAUGUGAGGUCUCACGGGGGGUUUGACGGAAUUCUUUACGUUCACAAUGCCUGUGUGCCACGAAUCACCAUGGGAGCACAGAAUUCCAUGUUGGAGAUGUUGCACACCUUGGCUGAUAAUGCCACCCGCGGCAAGUUAUGGCGUCACUUUGGGAUUGUGCUCACACAGUGCGACAUGUACUAUCCUUUGUACACGACACAACUGCCGAAAGUGCUGCGUGAGAGAUUCGAAGAGUUGGACUUUGAUGUUCCCAUUUUCUGGUUUGUGCAGGACAAAGUCAGCAUUUGGGGCACAAUCUGGGGCACAAUUUGGGGCACAACAAGCUUGGCAGAUCAGCUAAUCUCUUGGGUGAAGAUGCUGCCAGUUCGCUUCACAAUACCACAUGAAACCAAGAGAGAGGAGCUGAAGCGCGAGUUUGAGGAGAAUCGGAAACAAGAGAUGUACCAGAAGCGACGAGUUCAGGAACUUGAGAAGCAAGCUCAACAGCUUAAGGCGCAGCAGCACUAUAGUCACUCUCGGAGUGACUAUAGUGGCGGCUCGAGCAGAUAUUCUGCAAGUAGCGGCUGCUUCUCCAAGGCAUCCCUGGUCAAUGUUCAAGCCAAAGGUGAGGGUGGGAGACAAUCUGGCUACACUGGGUUCUCGGUAUGUGGAGGUUGUUGCGUGGAUGCAUCACGACCUUCAGGUGGUUGGAGAUGCCGUAGAGAUUGUCUCAACAGCGGGCACUCUACGGCUCACGCCUGA